GCUUACAGAGAAGGUGAAGAGUCUACAAGAAGAGGUGGAAGUCCUUGAGACCAGAAAGUCUGAACAAGAGGAAACCCUAGCUGGAAUCAAUAAGGUGAUUGCCUCUAGGGAUGCCGAAUUCCAACAGCUUGAUAGAGAGAUGCAAAAAACCAAGGACAACCACAUGGAACUCCAGGAGGAAAUAGAACAAGUGAAGUUACUGGAGGAAGACAAACUUAACUUUCUUCGUGAGAGUGAGGAGAUGUUAAACAAUAGAAAAGCUGAACUAGCUAAAAUAUCAGACCAUAUUGAGAGCGAGAGAGGGGAGCUUGAACACAUUGAUAGAGAAGUAGGUAAAAAAGCUACAGAGCUAGCACAACUUGAGAAACAACAAAGUGAUAGAAAUAAG